AUGGCCUGCGAUGUCACCGAGCCCGAGUACUUCCUACAUCGGACCAUCAAGCAUCCAAUCCCUCACGUUGGAUUCAGCGCAAAUCCUCAUGAAGCUCACAUAUUUAGAGACUCGGUAAUCGAAGCCCUCUGGAAACUCAAGAAGGUGGCCGAAGCCUGGACACUUGGACCCAUCGAACAGGCAGUCGUGACUGUGCCGCAAUAUUUCACAAGAGAAGAACGCAAUGUAAUCACGGAAGCUGGGGUUUCCAUUGGAAUAGAAGUACUUCGCAUGAUGAACGCGCCAACCGCCGCUGCUAUUGGGCUCGGCAUAGACAAGCUGGACGACGAGUUCAACUUCAUUGUUUAUGACCUAGGGAGAGAAACCUUUGAGGUAUCUUUCUUUGAGGUUGAUGCAGGUGUGUUUGAAUGUCUGGCUAGUGUCAGUGAUCACCAGCUUGGAAAAGAGGUGGGCGAAUUGAUGCAGAAAAAGCAAUUGGGAGGGAGCUCGAUAUUCGACGCAACUGAGAUGGAGACACUCGAGAAGACUCUACCCCUUCUGGGCCAGGUUAUCGAAAGCGCGAAUCUCUCCAGCAACGACAUCUCAAAAGUCCUCAUUGUGGGAGGCUACACGGAACCGAAACAGUCAAGAUCCAUGGUAGAGAACUUCUUCGGUAACAGAACCUCUACGAUCUUCGACUACCCAGGAAGCCUUCGCUUGAUACUAGGCAUGUGGGACUACGACGAAGUUGUCACGUUUGGCGCCGCUGUCUUUGCCGAGAAUGUCUGUGGACGCGGAAGACAUGGCGACCUAGUCGGUACGCUUGAGGUGAACCCACGAUCUGUCCUUCUCGAGAUCAUCGGAGGCGAGGCGCAUCGGGUGUUUCAGCGGUACACAAUACUUCCGAGUACUCAGGCCAUGACCUUCACCACGACAGUGGACGGACAGACGAGGGUCGUCAUACCAGUCUUCCAGGGCGAGCUGCCAGAUGCGAGAAAGAACGACGAAGUACUCGUUCUCAGGUUGGAUUGCAUCCCGCCUGCGCCUCGCGGAACUCAGACAAUCCAAGUGGUUUUAGAGGCAGGCGUUGACACGACGGACGAUGCGUACAGGUUCUUGCUCCAGGCUUCGGUGCAUCUCGUGGGUGGAAAGGAGCAAUGUUCGUACAGUGCUUCCGGGGUUCUCCAUGACUUUGGCGCAAUUGACGCACUCAGCGGCGAAGAAACUGAGCUUGAAGCAGCGUAUGUGUAUGGAAGAGUCGACCACGGGGGGCCUGGUGUAUGCAUCAAUCCUCAAGGGGACAUUGACCAUCAUUACGUGACGGCAGUCGAAUAA